ACGAUUUUAGAACGGAGCAGGGCCUCCUGCCGUCAGACGUCUCGUGGCGUAGGGUGUGCUGUAUCAAUAUAGGGUCAAGACAGGAACAAGCUGGCCGGUGGUGGUGGUGAACGGUGCAGGUCUUCCCGAGUGGUACAUUACGUACGUUGGCCCUUCGCGAGUAAUGUCAAUGCGCGGAAAGACCGUUCUACGUAACGUUUGAGACGAGAUGACCUUAACAGAUCUUACGUCGAGGAAUAAAGGACCGCCAGAAUGGAUCGAAGAAGAUCAGAUUGUGUCAGCUCAAGGAUGCAUAGGCGAGGACAUCAUCGUCGAACUGAAAUUGGUUUCAUCCGAAAGUUAUGAUGACUUACAAUUCGACUUAAUACGAGACGGAUUGCCAAUUUCAUCGGAUCGUUAUCGAUUGUCGAUGCGAGGCAAUGUCGUUCAAUUGGCCUUGAAGCAAACGCGUAAAAACGAUGCGGGUUACUAUUCUCUUGUAGCAACAAGACUCGGACAAGAAAACAAUAAAGGGGCUGUAAAGAAAAUUCAUCUAAGCGUCAGCGAAGCAAGUUACGAAGAGGGCGAUCCCCCAAUCUUCUUGAGAAGAUUGAGCGAUCUUGCAGUUAAGGUUGGCACUCGAACCAGAUUUCUGGUAGAGAUUCGAAGUUCAACCACUCCGAAGAUAUCUUGGUAUAAAAAUGAUUUACCUAUUCAUGAGGGAGCUAGAUUUUCCCUCGUUCACGAGGGAAAUUUUCAUUGCGUCGAUGUUGCUCCUGUUACGGUCGAGGAUCAAGGAUGCUGGACCUGCAUGGCGGAAAAUCGUAGCGGGAGAUCCUCGUGCACAUCCACUCUAACUGUUAUCGUUCCCAAAGCUUACAAAAAACCAGAAUUUGUCGAAGAACUUCGCGCGUUGCUCACUGAGACGGGUACCGUAUCAUUGGAAUGCAAAGUAAUCGGUGUGCCUACGCCAGUACUAAGGUGGUUUAAAGACAGCAAGGAAAUUAAAGCUGGUGACGUUUUCGCUUUGACUGCCAAUCCUGAUGAUCCGACUUCCCUUGGCGUUUACACCUGCGAAGCAAAUAAUUGCAUGGGAACAACCUAUUCUUCUUCAAAGGUUCAUGUAGUCGGAAGAGGAAGCCGAGAAGGUUCGCUGAAACCAGCGGAUGCCUUGGCACCAUCUGGGCCACUUCCGGUAUUUAAACAGAUGCUCCAAGAUGAAUGUUGCCGGAUUGGAGAUACUCUCGUGUUGUCCUGCCGAGUUCAAGUACCACCCUGGCCAAAGGCAAUCGCCUGGUACAAUAAAGGAGGUCGUGUCGAACCCGAUGAAAGAUAUCAUAUAAUGGAAGAUGGCAUUGGUGGAUAUUCAAUCGAGGUGAAGCAAGUAGAGGCCAUGGACGAAGGUGAAUGGAAGUGCGUUGCUACCAGCGAGGAAAAUAUGAAGCAAUUCACGAGCUGCUACGUAGCAAUGUCUAUUCCAAGAAACUAUAGAAAACCGCGUUUCAUGGAGAAUCUGAAAGCAGUCUUGACGGAAGAAGGUCUUGUCUCGUUCGAAUGUAAAGUCGUAGGUUUUCCGACGCCGCUGCUAAGAUGGUUCAAAGACGGCCAGGAACUUAAGCCAGGAGACGUCUAUCAAUUAACCGGGACUAAUUCAUUAGGUUCGUAUUGCUGUAUCGCGAGAAAUUGCAUGGGCGAGGCCAAGAGUACAGCUGAAUUAACUAUCGAAGACAUUCAGAAUCAAUUAAACGAAGAAGAACGUUUUCAGCUUUUGAGCACUAAUCAGCCGCCAAAGUUUAUAAAAGGUCUCAGAAGUUGCGAGGCGAGGAUAAACGAAGAUUUCCGCUUUACAGUACAAGUAAGUAUUGCACCGGAACCGAGUCUUUCUUGGUACAGAGACGAUACAUUAGUGGAGGAAUCCGACAAAUAUCACGCGGCGAAAGAGAAUCUUGGCACAUGCCAUCUUGAAGUGCGAAAACUCGAAUUUAUCGAUCAAGCCGAAUGGAAGUGCGUAGCGGCAAACGAUUUUGGUCAUAGCGUCACCUCCUGUUUCUUGAAGCUAAUCAUUCCCAAACAUUACAAAAAACCGAAAUUUCUCGAGAGUCUACGCGCGAUUCUGUCAGAAGAAGGCGCUGUAAAUUUAGAGUGCAAAGUUAUCGGCGUCCCGCAGCCGGUUUUAAAAUGGUACAAAGACAACGUCGAACUCAAACCCGGCGACAUACAUCGAAUUAUCUCCGGGCAAGACGGCACCUGCUGCUUAGGAACUUAUACUUGCGAAGCUACCAAUUGCAUGGGAACAGUCAGUAGUUCUGCAUCUCUAUUAGGAUUUGAAGAUAAGAAAGAAACAAAGGAAAUUCAAACGCCAAACGGCCACGAACUGGCGAGGAAUCUAUCAUUAUCAACAAUACAUGAGGAACGAACUUCUCAGUUGUAUGAUACACCGCAGACCGAUCAUUCUGUCACUUUAGAUGAGCGUGGCGAAGUAUCCUUUAGUUUUGAUGGCAAAGAAGUGUCAGUCAGUCUGUAUGAAACGCCAGAUCUCACCGAGGAAGAGGCACUACAGAUUGUUGAAAUGUAUGCUGAUCAGUUGUCUGAACAUGUAACAGAACACAAUGUGAUCGAACUACCGCCAAUGAGAUUUGUCAAAGAAACGUCUACUUCCGGUAAUUUGCUGAUGGAAGCCGUAGUAAUCGACGUAUCGCCCGAUUACUUUGUUAGCGCCGAAGAAGGCGAUGAUUUGCGGACAGAAGCCGAUUUUGAGGAUGUUUCUAUCAUGGAUGAUGUGACACACGUUCUCUCGUCGCCUGAACGCGACUCCCGAGGUUCUUUGAAGAGAUCAGCUCAAUACAACGGGGAUGAGGAUGAGAAAGCUCCUAGUAAGCCACCUCGGAAAAAAUCAGCGAGUAUAUCGUCAUCGAAAAGCGAGAAGAGUCAACGAAUCGAAUCCGAGAGCUUCCACAGCGCACAAAAGGAGGAACCGCCGUUGUCUCCGCUCUCAUCCUUGAAGCAAGACGAUAGCGAUACUUUCGCGGACGCUUUGUCUUCUGCGCAUCUUUCCAUCACAGAGAGUCUUGUUCAAAAACAUAUCACAGUGGAACAUGAUAUAACAGAUACUAGAAAACGUAGUUUGAGCACUGAAAGAUCAACCGGCUCCAGUUUGGACGAUGGAAUCGGUGGUGAUUCUUCCUUUGAUUCCAUGACUGGUAUUCCAAAAAAGAAACAACGUAAGAAAAAGAAAAAAGACAAGAGUAAUUCCGAGGAGUAUUCCGGCCCUAGUGAUUACGAGGGUAGAAGAAGUAAAUCAGAAGAUAUAGCCGACAUGAAAAUGGAACCGUAUCAAUCUAUAGAAUCGGUUGAUGAAACAAGAAUGGAUAUCAAGAACGAAAAUGGAAUCGAUACAAAAGAGGAGAUAAAGGAAUCAUUUUCUGAAGAAAGACUGUUAGAUAAUUUAGCAAGCGUAACGGAAGCUAUUAACGUACAUACUUCGGAAGAGACUCGAAAAUUGAAAAAAGAUAUUCUUUCAGAAUCAAGAAAGAUCCUGCGCAAUGCUUUGGAAACGUACGAAAACGUUCCCGAUACUUUAGUACCGCGAUUUUCCAGUAUUCGCGAGCGAGUCGACGAUGUAUAUCGAACAUUGGAAAUUUCAAAAGAAAAAGACACGGAAAUUGAAACCUUAAUGAAUCUCGAAGAACCUUUGCAUGCAUUGCUGAAAGCUAUUGAUAAAAUUACAUCAGCGGAAGACAUAGAAAUUAUACGCAAUUUUAUUGAACCAUCGAUCCUUCAGUUGUCACACAUUGUCGAAAAUCUCGAACUGUCAUCUUUACAAUCUACGCUGGCGAUUCUAAAAAAAAUCAACAAGCGCAUUUGUAACAUUCCUAUCGAAACGGAAGGAUUGUCCUCGAUAAAAUCAAUUGCUGACAAAACUCGAAAUAUACCCGAGGAAAUUCUAGAUCAGCUAAUCGAUAACCAGUCGGCGUUUAAUGCGAUUUUAGAUUACAUGGAAUGUUCGAAACUCGCGAUGAAUGGAACUGCCGUUCCGCAGCAGGCUUUAACAGGAUCGAGACUUGCAGCGUGUUUAGUAGAGUUACGAGAGUGCGUAUCCCACACAGCGCAUACUGCAAUGACAUUGAAAGAAAAUGAGACAUUAAACAGUUUAAUGGAAUUUAGAGAACCCUUGUUAGAUCUUCAAGUGGUUUUAGCGUCAGAAUCUUUUCGGGAAAUUACGAUACUGAAAAAAAUUAACUUUACCAUUGAAAAAUUGAAAAAUGUCAUUGGAACAAUACUAAAAGGUUCCGAAAAUCCCGAAACAAUUGGGCGAGUAAAAACAAUUCUUCAGAUAUUGGAAGAUACUGAUAAACAAAUAUCAAAAUUGAUGGAGCAAUUGUUAGAAAUGGAAGUUGCACAGAAACACGUACUGAAAAACUUAAACAUUGAUCAAAGUUUAAGCAGCGUGCAUUUUGCUUUAUCAUCAGUUUUAGAAAAGCAAGAAAAGUCUGCAAGCUCAUAUCGUUUAAUUACAUGUAUUGAAGCGUUACGUCAGACAAUUGGUUCUUCGGCGAUCACAAUAGCCAAUUUAAAAAAUCCAAUCAAUAAUGAUAUAAUUCAAGAGAUUAAUAAAUUAACUGAUUCGUUGUUAAAUCUGCAAAAAAAUCUAUUAACGGAAAAACAUGAACCAGAAGAGGAAGAAAUUCUAAUUGAUUUGAUAAAUCCCAUCAAUAAAUUGAAAGAGAUAAUUCACAGCAUAAUGGAAAGCGGUUCUUCGGUCGAAUUAAUAGAGCCUAUGCUAAAGUUAUUGGAAGAAAUAGAGAAAGAUGCAAUUAUUGUAGCGAAAGAAAUAUCAAAGAAAAAAUCUCAAGAGGAAAGUGCUAUCAAAUCUCAAAGAGAAAAUAAGGAAAAGAAAAGCAAUUCAAAAUCCAUUCUCGCUACUCAAAUCAGCCGUUCUUUAGAACCUAUUAAACAAUGGUUAUCCACGUCCGAAGACAGUACAAAGGACGAAAUAGAAUCUACUCUAAGUUUAACAAUCGAGGAAUUAAAGAGCAACGUAAGUCAAAUUGCCAUUCAAACGUCAUAUUCUGAACCACCAAAUGAUGAAAGUUUGAUAGAAGCAUUGGUUGAUCUUCGAGAACCAUUAAUAAAACUUAAAAACGCUAUUUCUAUAUAUCACAGGCCGGAAGAUCUUUUGACUUUAAAGAACUUAGGUCAGCCUAUGAAACAUCUUUUGCAAAUUAUCACGGACAUUCUUCAUGAACAUGCGGAAGAAGAGUGUCUGAAAUCGGUAAUAGAUAUUGUCGAACAAAUCGAAAAUCAAAUAUCGCUUUCAAUAGAAAGUGCUCUUCAGCAGCAAGAACUUGGACAAUCUGUCAAAACAUUCAAUGUAGAAGAGGAAGAAGAAGCUAUUACAGUCUCUUCCCCAGAAACGAUUCCAGGCACUCUUACAGAAAUCGCGUCUACGCCAUUUGAAACCGGAUCCACUGCAUUGCCUACUGAACAACUUGUAAUAGAAGAUACUUUCAAUAUAAGUGUUGACGAUGUUGCUUUGCAAGCUGUAAAGGCUGACAAGCAAAAAAGAGAGGAGAAUGCGGGCAAAUUAAUUACAGCCUUGUCGGAGACCUUGGAGAAGCUUCAAUUGGAGAUAACUGGUAUUCUAGAAGAUUUUGAAGAAUCGGCAACGCGAAUUGCUAUGAUUCCCCAAUCGAAAUUAGCCAAUUUUGUCGAAGAAUUAAGAAGGACUAUCUCUACAAUACGCAUGAUAACCACCGUUUAUGAUAAAGAAAUUGGAUCAUCUGAAGAAAAAAUUAAUCAGACAAUUCUAAUAUUAACUAAUUUAACACAACCGCUGACAAAUAUACAAGAAUUGCUUUCCAGACCGUGCGAACAAGACGUCUCGGAACUUAUGAUAUUGAAUCGGUUAACGCCAUUGUUGAAUGUAAUAGAAAACAACGUGAUAAAACAAACAAUCGAUUUUGUCAAUAAAAAUGAAGAGACGGAGAAAGAGUUUGAAUUUCUUUUAUCCAUUUUGAAAGAUAUUAAAGCGGAAAUUCCCACUCGAAUUCAAGAAAUAUCAUCGAGACAAAAAAUUCUGGAAUGUCUCCGAGAUAUUUCGAAGCCUCUAGAUAGCAUUGUGGAGCGUAUGAAUGAUCUGGAAAAAGCUGCGGAAGAAACCCUCGAGACGGAUGUCGCGAACAUUUUGGGAAAGCCGAUCGCCAUUGUUUUAAAAGAUAUCAAGACCGCUAUCCAAGAAGUAGAUAUGCUAGAUCGACGAAGGCCAAUAAUUAACGAAUUACGAAAUCUUCUUGAACCUUUGCUAGAAUUCCAUACCUGCCUUUCAAUGGUACAGAGCAGUCGACGAAGUUUAGUUCCCGAAGCCUGUUUAUUAGACGAAAGAAGAAACGUUAUCCUACGAGCGGUAGAUGAUUUGCGGAAACAAGUUUGUCAUACUAUCGAAACGAUUGCGAAUAUGGAAGAAGCCUCUUUAUUCCAUGAGUCUUUGACGUCGCUUAAUUCCGCGAUUCUGCAAGUACAGAAGCAAAUCGGUAAGACUGAUUAUUCGCGUCGAUCUAGUAGCGUCAAAAUUCCUCUUCAGCAUCGACUUACCGAUACGUUGAAUCGCUUAGCGAAAGCUAUAAUAGCUGUGGAAGAACACGCUGACAGAGAUACGUAUGGAAUAUUAUUCAAAUGCUUGGAGGCAUUGCAGAAACAAAUUUCCUUCACGCAAAUGCAAUUUAAUCAGAUUGAUAAUGAAUCAAUUGACGAAGAGGCAAUUAUAGAAGGCUUUCUUUAUCCGACUAAUCAACUUUUAUCGGCGUUAAAUAUCCUUAAAGAAAAUACGCAGAAAGUACCAUCAGCGAUUUCACAUAAUUUAAUAAUUCAGUUUCAAGAACUAGCCGAUUCGAUCUCAGAAUUAAAUUCUUCUUUGUCGACGCAUAAAGCGGAACUUGUACAAGGAGGCGCAUCUAUAGGAGCGCCUAUCGUAGAAACCUUUUCUGCCGUUACGGAUGUUUUAAAUCACGUGAAAGAUUCCAUAAUAACAAUAGAGAAGAUAGUCGAACAGAAAGAGAAUGAGGUCAUCACAAAAGUAGAAAGCGUCACCGAAAUUAUAGAAAUAUCGCAAGAGGAAAUUGAGAGCGUAAUAAUGAUCACCGAAAUACCGUCGUCGGCAGUUGAAGAGGUUGCUCAAUCGACGAUUGAAGAUGCACCUAAAAUAACACAAACACCGGUUAUAGAAAAUCUAGAAGCGAUGAUUCAUAUUGAACAAACGGAGGAUAAUUUAAUAGAUACAAAAAAAUAUGAGGAGAAUCAAGAAAAAAAUGAGAAACGAGAAGACUUGACAAGACAACAGAUAUCAAAGUUCAAUUCUGCGAUAAAUAGUCUGACACAGCCGUUAAAAGAAUUGAUCAAUUUUGUGAAAUCUGCUACGCAAGAGACCUCGCUGGUUUCAAAAUCCGAGGAGAACAAGCGGAAAAUACAAGAGCUAACAGCAUUGGUACAAAUUCUUAAUGAUUUACAAGCUACAAAUAUCUCUAUUAAAACGGCAUUGUCUUCCUUGUCCAUUAUACUAGGAGAUAAUAAAUUUUCUCAGAUGGAAAAUAUCCUGGCUGAUUUUGAGCGUGCUAUCGGUAUGGUUAUUUCUAUGACUGACGCAGGAGUGAGACCAGAAUUAAAGGAGAACAUUAUGACGUCUUUACAAUCUAUUGCCGAGCCCUUAGAUGCUCUUGGAAAUAUUUUGUCAUCUAUAUGUCAGACGUUUGAUGGAGACAAGUACGUCGAUCAAAAUGGAAAAUCGUUAUCUAUAAUUGUAAAAGAAUUAAUGCCGUGCAUUAAAGACAGCGUUAAAUCUGUAAAUGAAAUUCAGAUGUUAAAAUCUGUUAGAAUUGCUGAGAGAGAAACAGAAAUAUCGAAAAUAAAAGAGGAAACAAAUGAUAUCGAAGAAACGACUGCGCGACCUCUCGAAGAACUGAUAGAAGCUAUUAUGGAUUCUCAGGAUCAGGUGAAAUGCGACAAGACUUCGCUUUACGAAUCUAGUUCGCCUUCCGCCGAUUCACUCGAAUCAAAAAGUAUUGACAACUUACAAUCAAUGGAAGUAGAAACACAAUUAAAUGAAACACUCGUUAAAGAGGUAGAUUCAAUGGCACAAGAUACAGUAAAAAUAUCGCAACAAGAACUGGCAUCAGUACCAGCAUCUAAUCAAAUCGGGGAAAUACUUACUGAGAAAAAAGAAGUGAUAAAAUCUAUGACAGAAUCAUUGGAAAAAGUUGAAAAGCAAAAUUUAGAAACGAUUAAUCAGCAAAAAAUAGAAUUAACUCAGGCAUCUGAAAAACAUGAAAUGCAGGAAAAACAAAUUAAAGCUGAAACUUUGCAAGCGAUCAUUUCUCCUCUUCAAGUAUUACGUAAAUCAUUCGACGAAAUUGGAGAAAUAGGAAUUUUAGAAUCAUCCGACAAGGAAACGAUUGCAUUUUUGACUCUGAUAGAACCGUUGCUAAAUCUUGAAAUUGCAUUACCGUCCGAAGUUACUGAGGAAAUAAAGCAAGACACAGUGCCAUUAGAAAAAUUAUCUGUUACAUACGUUUUGCAAGAAUUACAAAAAUCAAUCGCUACAAUUCAAGAGCAAGUACAACUUAAUAUUGUAGCCGAAGCCAGUUCAAGCAAAACACCUAAAAUGCAGUUAAUGCAAGCCAUCGAAAAACCAUUAGAAGAUUUAAAAAUAUCCAUCGCGUGUAUUCAAUCCGAUCCAAAAACUUGUCAAUUGAUUCAGCAAAAAGCGGAAUUAUCGAGCGCAGAACAGAUCACAAUUUUACAAACUCUUGCCAAAUCAGUGGAACAAUUUGGAGAAAAAUUUAUGACUAUUACUAAUGAGAUAAAAAUAGAAGUAGAAUCUGAGUCACCAUUGCAAAUCGUUAAACAAAAAGAACAAGAGCUCGAUCCAGAAAUUUUACAUAAGAUUGUUGAUCCGAUUCGUAUUUUACGUGAAACCCUUUCUCAAAUUGAAGAAUUAAAGAGUCAAAAAACCGAGUUAUUAGAAAUACCAGAACAAAAGAAAGAGAUUGUUCAAUUAAAUACGGUGAUAAAUCUUUUGGAAAAAUUAGAACAAUUAUUAAUCACAGACGUGCAACAGAUUACAGUAUCGCAAGAGGAAGUUACGAAAGAUCUUAGCGGAAAUCAAGUUUUAUUGGCGAGUGCGGAUUUAAAGCCCGUGCUAGAAGAGCUGAAAAACUCAAUUGUUGUAAUCCAGCAGCAAGCAGUCUCCAAUGAAGAUAGUCUAACAAUAAAAACUUUAAACGAAGCUUUUGAAAACCUAAAAUCACCAUUAACAAGCAUCGAAGAAAUCGCCGAUCGCUUCGAUGAAGUUGCUGAAACUGAAAAAUUAUCGACUUUAUUAAGGUUUGCAAAAUCGAUGGAAGAAACAGCGAAUCAAUUAACUAUAGCUAAGCAAAACAUAAUACAACAAGAAAUGCGAGAAACUUCUCUGUUAAAAGCGAUAACUAUUCCAAUCGAAGGGCUACAAAGUGCAAUAUUGAAACUCGAAGAUCGGGUGUCUCAAACAUUGGAAACAAAGGAGUCAAUAAAACUUGUUGCUUUAGAAUCUAUAGUACAACCGUUGCAAGAGUUACAGCAAUCUUUCUUAAUUGCAUCUCAUCAAGAGAUCGCCCAAUCUUUGCAACGAAUGCCAAUCAAGCCGAUAUUAGAUAAUUUGAGUAAAUCUCUUGCGGUGAUUCAAGAUCAAGCUACGAUUGUUCAAGAUUUAUUCGCGGAAACAAAUACAGAUGAUUUGGCAAUAUUAAAGGAUUUUACAAAAUCACUCGGUAAUUUGAGAACGUCGACAGUGGUCUUGCAACAAUUAAACGCGAUAGAAAACGCUGGUCAACAAAUCGUAGAGAUUGAAAAUGCGUCCGCGUUGCAAGCAUUCGCAAAAUCUAUCGAGGAAUUUAGAAAAUGUUGCUCCCUCGUCGUCGAGCGGCCGAGAGUCAUCGAAGCCUUCGCGACAAGUGCAGAAUUAAAACAAUCGACUAAAACGGAUACGCAACUCCUCGAAAGUAUCAUCGAGCCUCUGCGAAUUUUACAAGAGCAAAUUUUAACCAUUGAAGAAACUAAAAUGCAAGAAUCUGAAAUCUUGGAUAUUACGGAGGUAAAAAGACCAGUUACCGUGUUGAGCAGUUUAGUUGGUCCUUUGCAACAGCUUGAAAAAUCUUUCAUUGCAACGGUGCGCAAAGAGCAUGUGAUUGAACAUGAUGGGCAGGAUCUAAAAACCGAAUCAUCUUCCACGAGCUUAGAAAAACUUGUCUUACAGCCGAUCCUCGAGGAAAUGCAAAAGUCCAUCGCCACUGUUCAAGAGCACGUGAUAUUAGAGGCAGAUAGCCAAAUUAUCUCGGAAGCGGAAACUGACGCUUUGCUAAAAUCGAUCGCGCAGCCUCUAGUGGAUUUAAGAGCCUCUAUCGCUUCUAUUCAGCAAGUAACCGCAGUUGCGCCUGAUCCUUUAAACGAAUUGGCACAGCAACACAAUGUCUCGGCAUUGGAAACGUUCGCCGAAACUCUCCACAAUUUAUCGGAAUGUAUAGCAAUGUGCAAUCAUCAACAAAUAAUCAUGGAGCCUGUGGCGGAUACCUUUUCCGAAGACGCUUCGUCUUUGAAUACGUGGGCAGAUGUAAUCGACGAACAAUCUCUUUCAAAAGUCACGCGUCCGAUGGUGAUUGAUCAGGGCGCAAUCGAAUCUCCGGCCGAAAUCGCGAUAUCGAUAUCAGAAGACGAAGUCUCCGCGUUGAAAACAUUAGCAAAGCCUUUAACUGAAUUACGAGAAUGCCUUGCACUGGUCGUCGAAGAGCGCAAAAUAGUCACGCCGAGCGAUACAACGUCUUCUUUAUCGGAGAAGGAAAAUAUCUCUCUGUUGAAAACGAUGAUACAGCCUUUGUUAGAGUUAAAGGAUGCAGCCACAGCGGUAAUUAUUCAAGAACAGACAGCUAUGGAACGAGUAAAUGAACAUUCAUUCACAAUUGAAGGUAAGAAUGAAUUCGCCCUUCAUCCAUUGAUGGAACCGCUUGAGGAAUUGUGUCAUUCUAUCGCUGUAAUACAGGAUCAGAUGUUGGUUGAAACAUCAAUGGAUCGAGCGAAGAAUGAUAUUGUACUAGAUGCACUGGCCGAACCUUUAUUCGACCUCCAGCGCGCUAUAUCGGUUCUAGAAGCACGAGUUAUAUCGCCGGAUAUCGAGUCGAUGCCUGAAGACACGAGCAACAACUGGAUCACGGAAUGUUUAGCGGCUCCUCUGCACGAAAUAGAGAUCAAUAGCCGAUAUUCGGCAAUGCACAGUAAUGGAACCUGAAACUGUAAUCG